AUGCAGACCCUCAUAGGGUCAGCCAGAAUAUGGUUCAACGAUUUACCAGCCAGAAGCGUUCGAAGCUUCGAUGACCUGAGCAAAGGGUUUCUAGCUAAUUUCUCACAGCAAAGGCGGUACGUUAAAGAUGCCAUGGUGAUUUUCCAGAUAAAACAAAGAGAUGACGAGAGCCUUCGAGAGUUCAUAGAAAGGUAUAAAAAGCAAGGUGUAACGUAUGUGGGGGCAGAUGAAAAGAUGAGAGUCGGCGGUUUUAUGAACGCCGUUACCUCUAAAUACCUUACAAGGGAUUUCAACAAGUCCCUACCCAAGACCUUGGAAGAAGCUCUUGAAAGGGCUGAAGCCCAUAUCAGAGGAGAGGAGGUUGUAGACAUAAAGGAGCAGAGAAAAAGGGGAUCUAGUUGGCGCCCCAGACGUUCAGAGCAACGAAGGCUUGAAUGUCGGAACCCUCCAAGCAGGGAGAAGACCACCAACUUUACAGCUCUUACAAAAACCCCACAUGAGAUCCUUGCUAUAGAAGAAGUGAAACAAAGCUUCCGACCUCCUCGACCUCUACCCAAGAGUAAAAGGAAUGAAAAUUCCACCCAGUUCCGUGAAUUUCAUGAGGAAAAGGGUCACCAUACUAACGACUGCUUUCAACUCAAAAAGAGAAUUGAGGAGACUGUCAAGUCCGGGGAACUAGCCCACUUGGUGAAAGGGGUGAGGGACAAGAUAGCCAAAGGUAAAAGAAAGGAGGUUAACAUGGUGGAUUUCGAUGAAAAGGUUUCCCACAAACGACAACGGUUGGAAGCUUCGGAGCUUCAGUGUGUCUGCUACCCACCUUCGGAGAAGGAUUCACUCUCAAGCCCCUUGGUAGUCGAAGAAACUGUGGGUACACUGAAGACAAGCAAGCCUACAUAG